AGGUGGCGGUGUUUGUCCUUUUCCUCGAUUUUAACCGCCGUUAAAUGAAAACGAAGAAGUUGUAAGCCUGCACUGCUGUGCUGUUCUCAAAACAAUACUUGAAGUUCCUUGUUUUUAGCAUCGCGUCCUCAUGAAAAUGUCUGAAAAUAAAGACGAGCAAGCGUCCGGUAACAAAAAGGGCAUCUCCCUGCCUAUCUCCAGGGUGAGGCUGAUCAUGAAGAGCUCUCCGGAUGUUUCCAGCAUCAACCAGGACGCACUGUUUCUCACCACCAAGGCCACGGAGUUGUUUGUGCAGCACUUGGCUCUUUCCUCGUUUAACAACGGAUCAGGGAAAGAAACGAACACAUUAUCCUACAGCGACCUAGCUAACACCGCAGAGGAAACGGAGACCUUUCAAUUUUUAACAGAUAUUCUGCCCAAGAAGAUCCUGGCUCGAGAUUACCUGAAAUCUUUGGAACAAAUGCAAGAAGAGGACGGAGACUUUUAGAAAAGAACUUGUUACUGUCAUGUUUCUCAUAGACACAGACUGGAGAGACACUCUCUCUUUUAAGUAUAUGUUGACCCAGUUCAACAGUUGGACCUGUGGGCAGACAGUAGUCACCGGCUGUGGAUAGGAACAUUAAGCCACACAGGACUAAUGUGAACACACACAGUAAUACAGACUUUAUAUAUAAAAUCCAAACCUGACCACCUGCUUCUUAGAGUCUGUGGAGAUAUGGCAGAUUGAGUGUUGUUACUGGUUUCUACAUCAAUCAAACAUUAUGUUAAUUUUGUAUAUUUUGGUCCCAUUUAGAGGAGAAAAGUUGAUAAAGCAUGUGACUGCUCUGGUGCAUGUCAUUAACAGUCCCACUGCAGCCCGGCUUCAGGCUGUCUAGCUCCAUAGAUGUCUCAUUAGUUACGUUAGCGUGUGUUGGCUGCUCACUCCAGGAAUGUUGUCAUACACUGAUGUUGUGCACGGUUCCAUCAUCUGUACAAGAAAGUACUGUAAAGUUUUGAGUUUUACCAUAAAUACUUGAACGUGUUCUGAACUGAUACCUCGGGUUUGUGGCCUCGCAGCUCACAGAGAGACUCACACUCAACCUUAGCCAGUGUGUAACCACUGACAACCUGUACAGUUAAAUUGCGUGUGUGUUUGCAGAUUAGUCAUUUAGUUUUGAUAUUAAAUUGCAACUAGUAGUUUAA